GUGGUUAACAUAUCUGUGAAGUGUGUUUUAAGAAAUGAAUACGAAGAGCCGGUCCCACCAAGGCGAACGAAGGAGGGGCGGAAACUGAAGUCUACUGACGCCAAAACUGUGGAAAACGACCAGUCGCUAGUCAGUUGCAGGCCAGUUGUGUUGACAGAACGUGGCGCGAUGCCGGCUAAAAGAGACGACGAAGAGACGAUGCUUGCCAAGCUUUAUACGAUCGGGGUCGUAUUCCUGGACGUUUUGCUCCUCUUCUGGCGCAUUUUCGUCACCAUUCUUGAGGCGCUUUACAACUUCUUUGUACCGGUUCAGGAGAAGUCAGUCGUCGGUGAAAUCGUUCUGAUUACAGGGACUGGUCAUGGUAUCGGAAGGGAGCUGGCUUUGCAGUACGGAGAACUGGGCGCGACUGUUAUCUGUGUUGAUAUUGAUGAAACAGGAAACAGUGAGACAGCCAAGUUGAUGAACGAAAUUGGAAUUAAAAAAGUUCAUCAUUAUACUUGUGAUGUUACCAAGAGGGAAGAUGUCAAUUCACUAGUAAAAAGGGUGGCUAAGGAAGUAGGGCCAAUAACUGUCCUCGUCAAUAAUGCUGGGAUCAUGCCCUGCCACAGAUUUCUUGACCACAAGCCAGAAGAAAUCAUGAAAGUUUUUGAAGUUAAUGUAUUCGCUCAUUUCUGGUUACUUCAAGCAGUUCUACCCAACAUGAUAGCCAAAAAUCAUGGACAUGUUGUGGCACUUUCAUCCAUGGCUGGAAUAAUCGGUUUGAGAAACCUUGUCCCUUAUUGUGCGUCUAAAUUUGCUGUUCGUGGUAUGAUAGAAUCUCUAAUAGAAGAGUUUCGAGAAGAAGGAAAAGCCCCAGAUGUCAAGUUCACCUGCAUUUUUCCUUACAUGGUCAAUACCGGCUUAUGCAAAAAACCCAAAAUCAGAUUUGAAAAUGCUCUUGGUCUUGUGAGUCCGAAAUUAGCUGCUGCGUCCAUAAUCAAGGCCAUGAGGACAAAUAAAUUUGCCAUUACUAUUCCACCAGUCUUUAUGGCACUUAAUGACACGAUCAGAUUAUUUCCACAUAAAGUUGGUCAGCACGUCAAAGAUUUUUUUGACAGUGGUGUCGAAGCAUGUGAAUAAGCAGCAGCUGACUGAAGAAUCUGCAAAUUUGGAACCGGUUUUUGUUCAGAGUUCUGAUUCUUCAAUUUCCGAAAACAAAAAAAAUCCAAUUCAUAACAACAAUUACCAAAUGAUUUGGACUUUAGAUUUUAAGUACAACUUUUAACAUUUUAAUAUUUUUUAACUCGAUUUCAAACAAAGUGCCCUUGAACAUCUCUUUCUAGAUUCUAAAGUUUUUACUUUUUUAUACAUAUAUGUCUAUAUAUAAAUGAUUGUAUAUAAAUCUUAAAUAUAUAAUUUGAUUUAACUGAAACCCUAUUCUAGUCAUCGAUUAGAAUUUCUCUGGGUUUAAUGUGAUCUGAAGAAAAUAUACAUAGGGUAGUUAUGAAAAGUGGAUACAUUUAAGGUAUUUAGUGUAAUGAUCUAUUUAUACAUAAAAAUAAAAUAAAAAUUACAUGUUAUUA